CGUAGAACCUUCUUCCCAUUGUCUUAGCGAAAGCACAAGCAAUUGAAGAUUACAUUAGUAGGUCGCAGCCGUCGCUCGCUCUUCACGUUGAUCUUUCCUCUCACUAAGGAAACAUCAACAACACAACAAAUUGACAUCACUGCAUUGUUUUGCACCCAAGAGUCAUCUUUUGUCGCAGUCAAGAGAAUCGCGUCAGCGCUGCCAUUUCGCCUAAAUUUUCGUUUUUUUGUUUUCUCUCUUUCCACUAGUUAGAGACUGAAAACAAAAACAAUUCUGUCGCCAUACCGCAACUUUUCUAUUACUUCGGGAUUGUUCUUUGUAAGUGACUCACCGCAGCCUCUCUUAUUAUCAUUUCAUCUCAUCAUUUCGCCUCAUUCACCAUUUCUUUUCUCCUGCCGACUCUAUGGUCGUGUUCGCCUAAGCAAACCCAUUUCAUCCAAUAGCAUAAUUUAAUUCUAUACUAACGUUAUAUCGCCUCUCCUUCCUAGACACAACUCGAAGUAUCCAAUCCCUUCGAAAUGGCAACUAUGGCAUCGGCUUCUGCUGCUCGCGAUAUCCCUAAGACCUCCCCUCUCAGCCGAGACAACUUAACUGCUGUAGCGGCUGCUCGGAGCGUCCCUGUGACACGAACUCAUUCCCUCCCGACUCCUCCUAACUCCAUCUCACCUACGCUGCCGCCCCACGGCCUAAAGGCACAGCUACUCAAGGCCAAACUCGACUGUGUCGACUCCGACCUCGACCUUCACGAGGGAGUCGACAACAGCCCUAUCGGCUCGCCAACAUUCGAAUCUACGGGUGCUAUUACCCCGGCCCUGCUAGCCAAAUAUCAUCUCCCCGAGAUUCUGCUGAACCACGGUCCCUUAGCCAUCCGAUACAUCAUGGGUUAUUUGACCACCUCAGUACCUGGCUUUGCAGGGAUCCCCCCGCCGAAGGCACGAAGGUUAGUUGUGGCAGCAUUAGAAGGACGUGGACAAGGGCACGGUGUCGAAGGAGGUGGAGUCGAUGGUGACGUGGAAUUCCAAAAGGUCGGAUGGGGUCGGUGGGACGCUAGGCGACGGGGUCAAGCUGCUCGAGAUGCGGUGUCUCGCCAAUCCAUUGCCCAAGGCGAUUCUAGAAUCCCUCCCACUAGUAUACCAAUUUCAAAAGGCGCAGGAUGGAACGCUGACCGAUCCCGGUUAAAUGCACGAGCAAUUAGUAUUGGAAACUCGGCAGCAUUUUCCCACGAUGACCGGGACGUGACCAUGACGGAGAAUGAGGCCGAUAAAAUGUCGCUCGACUCUUUAGACGGACCCGCUUCGGCUUCCUGCUCUUCGGCACCCGAUGAUGAAGAUAUGAUCAUGAAUGACGAUCCGGAGGAUGCCACGGACGACGAAGACUGGGCAGCUGUAGGAGCUGCCGCACUACGGGCCGCGUCGUAUUCAAAUCCGGCUGAGGCCCGUCGAAGUGCAAACUACCCUUCCCAUGUAUAUAAUUCUUGCGGUUUCCGGUCCUUCUCCGGCAACACAGGUAUGCUUCGGGAGCCACGUCUCGAUAAUAUCGACUUGGAUGCAUUGGCGGCAUCGUCGGAUGCACAGGAGCGCGAGGCAAUCCAGGCUCUUUUACAACUCGGUUCUGUAUAAUAAUCUAGCAUGGGCGGCGUUUCAGGGGACAUCUCGGCUCGGGUGGACCUAGUUUGUUUUGUUGGCCAGGCUGACCAGGCUGGUUAGCAACAUGUCAUUUCUUAUCGUGGCGGACAUUCACCUCGAUCAUCAUUAUUCUUAUUGUCCGGCAUAUUUCCGACGUCCGACGUCCGACGUCUCUGGUUUUCGCGGAUAAUCAGAGGCACCCCAUCAUUUCCACUCUAAGGAUGUCACGGUUUUGGAACAUUGUUCUUGUCGACGGCAUGUUGCA